AUGGAUACAGUGUCUGCAUUGAAUUCAAGUAAUUCAACAUCGGCCAAAUUCGAUACCAGCUUCGCGUGGUUCCUCGCCUUCAUGCUCGUGACAGUCUUCCUCCUCUUCGUCCUCCUAACUGUGAUUUGCAUCCUCGCCUACUUUGUCUACCGACUGCGCCGACAAUCGGCAUGUCUUCCAUCUGGUCUUGAUGCCGAUGGGGACGUAAUCUACGGCUUCUCCAACAAACAUGCUGAGUUCAUAGAAUGCCGGAGCAGUGUCCCAGCCAGUAAUGCCUCACUCACAGAUCCCUGGAACACACGCUUGGGAAGGAGUGUGGAGUACUGCGACUGCCACCUCUUGCACAGAGAAGAGUUUGAGCGCCGACGAGAUAACCUUUUGAGACGAGGAGUUCAAUUUCACACUUAUCCCAAGGUCGGAGUUCCUGUGACGCACAAUGGAUGGAUGCAAAGGGUGCUCUCGCAACCAGCCCCCUUGUACCUCGCUGGGUGGGCUGGCCUUUUAGGCCAAGCCAAUAGCCCAGGCACCUUCUCUGCGCUGAAUAUAUAUUCUGCCCCAGUAUUGUGUCUUCUUUCGUCUUCAGGGAGUCUCAGGACGCUACAACCGUAUAUAAUAAGUUGA